AUGCCUCGCCACACAGACGCCAAAUCGCAUCCUCGCCCGUGCCCUCACGCCAGCUGCUCCUGGGCACCUGGGUCCGACGGAAACACCCUACGAGAACAUAUGCUCAAAACUCACGGACGAACGAGGAACCUGUCUUGCUGCAAGCAAGUCAUGGGACAAGACAACAAAGACAUUAUACUGCACAGAGAAGGCUGCGUUCUCCACCCCGACAGCCAGAGGCUGUCGCAGGCGGUCAGCGACUCUCAGGAGGUCAAGCCCGAGGCGGAAGAGUUUUUCCUCGAAUGCUGCAUCACUUUGCUCUUCAAGUCUUCGAAAUAG